AUGAACUGGACUGGCGGCCAAUUGCGUCGCCAUUCUGAUCGCAAGGGCACCCUCUCUCAAACUCAGAGACAAAACUUUGCCAAGUCCCGCCAGCGUGCCAAUGACCGAGGGUCUCGUCAGCCGGUUUCCUUCCCGGGCUUUCUCAAUCUGAGAGACGAGCUCACAGUGGACGAAGGCACCGAACUGGUCGAGGAAAGGCAAGACGACUCCAGUCCACCCCUCAACACUCCUCUUCACAACUCCUCCAAGCACCGGUUUCUGCAAAAUCCCGACUGGGCUGCUGUAUCUUUAUCUCGCCCGCUCAGUAUCAAAUUCGCCCCGGUCGAGGAAGUCGAACGGUUUGGCAAACGGCGUAGACUCAACGACGCGGACCGUCAACGCCUGUCCACUGCCUACGGAAGACCCAUCCCAGCCCUCUUCCAUUCCCGUAGGAAAGCUCAAAGGCUUUCUUCUGAACGAGAUGUCUAUUCAUCAGGCCAGAUCCAAAUCCAGAUCGAUGGCCAGCCGACUGGUCUGCACCUACAGUCCAAUAUCAUAUCUGAAAUAACGCCAAGCCAUCACUCGUCGGAGUCCAUUAUGCUCGGCCAGAGCAUUUCCGCGCCGCCCCACUCUUCAGCCCAUACUCACCAACAGGUCAAAGUCAAAAGCCCAUGGCAAGGCCUCGACGGUCUUCGCUCCAGCCUUGAUUACCCAGCCAAUGCCUCAAGGGCCUCCAGGGCCCCCCUCGACAAUCCCAGAAACAAUCAUACUACAAGAUGCAACAUUCACGACCAAAAUGCAGGAUCCACUCAGCGUAACAGGCAGACUCUCACCCCUCCCGGGGCGACCAAUCCGAGCCUACCGAGGCCUUUCACCAUCGACGGCCAAGUGCUCACAAAGCAAAGGGGUCUGGAUAGCUACUCAGAUACUGAUCAGCAUGAUAUUUCUAGGUCAUUGAGUCUGGUCUCCACGCUUAUCGCGUUUCCUCUGAAUGAGACUCAGCAUGCCUCAAGCUGGCGGCCGGAACCUCGUCUUAUCGACACACCACUUACAAACCAUCCAUCCCAUGAUACUGAUUUCAGUGGUCUCCCCGAGGCCAAAGGGGUGAGAGUGUUUGGCCAGCUUGUCCGGCUGAAUACCGAUGCUGGAAUCAGCACAUUCUGA